AAAUAACACAGAAGUUUUGCAAGCAGGGAUUCCGAAACCGCCAAGGAAAAAGUAAGUGUUCGUUCCUUGCCUGGUUACACUAUAAAUAUUACAUAAUUCGCGUUUCAAAACUUUCAAUUUUACAAUAAUCACUUAUCUUAACUUUCACUUCUUGCAUAGCUAAAGAAUCGAAGGUUCCAAUCAAUGAGAGACACCACACAGUAUGUUCCCCUUACACCAAGAUUUAAUGAUAUCUUAAACAAAAUUUCACAAUUUGUGGAAAAAGGUAGGAAAAAUCAAAGUACAAGGAGAUUGCUUAGGUCAAUUUUAAAAGAUUUAACUCCUGUAGUACAAGACAUUAAGCAAUACAAUGAACAUUUGAAUCCACCUAGAGAAGAAAUUAAGACUUUAAUAAAAGAAAAUGAUGCACAAGAAAGCUCAUGCAAAUGUUCCUUUAAGAAUAAUACUUGGUGGAACAAGUGUUUCUCUUGGUUUCAUCUUAGCUGUGAAAAUAUUGUUGAUGAUAAUCAAUCUCUUAUUGUGAAUGAUGUUAAAGAGACACUUUAUAAGGUUAGAGAAAUUCUUGAGAUUCUUAAUAAAGAGAAUUUUGAGAGGAAAUUAUAUGGAUCUGAGGGACCAAUUUUCAAGAGUCCUUUUGGUGUUCCUGAGAAGCUAGAAGAAUUCAGUGUUGGGUUUGAUGUAGCAUUGAGCAAAUUGAAAAUGGAGGUUCUUAGGGAUGGUAGUUCUACACUUGUGUUGACUGGUUUGGGAGGACUGGGAAAAACUACUUUGGCUACAAAGCUUUGUUGGGACGAACAUGUAAAAGGUAAAUUCAAGGAAAACAUUAUAUUUGUCACCCUCUCAAAAACACCCAUGUUGAAGAUUAUUGUAGAGAGACUAUUUGAACACUGUGGAUAUCCAGUGCCUGAGUUUCAAAGUGACGAAGAUGCAAUUAAUAGAUUGGGACUUUUGCUGAAGAAAGUGGAGGGAAGUCCGCUAUUGUUGGUCCUAGAUGAUGUUUGGCCUGGCUCUGAAACAAUUGUCGAGAAACUUCAAUUCCAGAUAUCAGAUUACAAAAUUUUGGUGACUUCAAGGGUUGCCUUUCGAAGACUUAGCACAACAUGUAUCUUAAAACCUCUUGCUCAUGAACAUGCAGUAACACUUUUUCGUCACUAUGCUCAGACGGAUAAAAAUAGCUCAAAUAUUCUUGACAAAGAUCUUGUAGAAAAGGUUGUGGAAAAUUGCAAAGGUUUACCGCUUGCGAUUAAAGUAAUUGCUACAUCACUCAGAAAUCGGCCUGAUGAUGUGUGGCAAAAGAUAGUGAAGGAACUGUCGCAAGGUCAUUCUAUACUUGAUUCUAAUACUGAAUUACUUACUCGCCUCCAAAUGAUCUUGGAUGUUUUGGAAGAUGAUCCCGUAAUCAAGGAGUGCUUCAUGGACCUAGCCUUAUUUUCCGAAGACCAUAGAAUUCCAGCUGCUGCUCUCAUUUAUAUGUGGGCAGAGUUGUAUGGACUAGACGACAACGGAAUAGAAGCAAUGGACAUCAUCAACAAAUUAGGCUCCAUGAAUCUAGCUAAUGUCUUUAUAGCAAGGAAAAAUGCAAGUGGCACAGACACUUACAACUACAAUAACCACUUCAUCGUCCUUCAUGAUCUUAUAAGAGAGCUUGGAAUUCACCAAAGCACCAAGGAACCGAUUGAGCAGAGAAAAAGACUGAUGAUUGACAUAAAUGAAAAUAAAAUUGAAUGGUGUUGUGGGGAGAAGCGGCAAGACCUGAUGAACCGUGUACUGUCAAAAUUUCUUAGAUUAUGUGUUCAACAAAAUCCCCGACAGCUCUCUGCCCGUAUAUUGUCGGUAUCAACUGAUGAAACUUGUGCGUCAGAUUGGUCCCAAAUGCAACCAUCUCAGACUGAGGUUCUGAUUUUAAAUCUUCAUAACAAGAAGUACUUAUUUCCAGAGUCGAUGGACAAAAUGAGUAAACUAAAAGUUCUUAUAAUCACAAACUAUGGUUUCCAUCCUUCUGAACUGAACAACUUCGAGCUACUUGACUCUUUAACCAACCUGAAAAGAAUCAGACUAGAGCGAAUUUCUGUUCCUUCCUUCGGCACAUUGAAGAAUCUGAAAAAACUAUCCUUGUACAUGUGUAAUACGCAACUGGCUUUUGAAAAGGGUAGCGUCCUAAUUUCGGACGUGUUUCCGAAUCUUGAAGAUUUGAACAUUGAUUACUGCAAAGAUAUGGUGGUAUUGCCUACUGGUGUCGGUGAUAUCAUCACUUUAAAGAAACUCAAUGUCACUAAUUGCCACAAGUUUUAUGCACUACCUCAAGAUAUUGGAAAAUUGGAGAAUUUGGAACUUCUAAGGCUCAGUUCCUGUACUGAUUUGGAAGCGAUACCGGAUUCUAUUGGAAAUCUUUUUAAUCUUAAACUUGUUGACAUAUCAGACUGCAUAAGCCUUUCAAGUUUACCCGAGGAAUUUGGCAAUCUUUGCAAUCUAAGAAAUCUGUACAUGGCAAGUUGUGCAAGUACUGUAUUGCCAUUCUCGGUCGUCAAUCUUCAGAAUUUGAAGGUGAUAACAUGCGACGAAGAGACGGCUGCUUCAUGGGAAGGUUUCCAACCUAUGCUUCCCAAUAUGAAGAUAGAGGUCCCUCAUUUUGAUGUUAAUUUAAAUUGGCUUCAAUAAAUGAUCACCUAAGACCUCUUCUUUGAAUGGAUUUUGUAUCACUGUUUGUGUUAUUUGAAUAGCCAACAAAGGUUGUUAUAGAUGGUAGGGAGUUGACUCAUACCCUACAAGGGUGUAGAUUCAACUCCUGCCGUCAACUUGAGUACCUCACUGGUAGGUAAUCUGUAAGUAUCUUUAUUAGUCUCUGGAAACUAACUUACCUAAAUUUUUUUUGAUCUAAAAAUUAAUAAGAAACCUCCUCCUUGUAUUGUUUCUAAUUCAUGUUUCUAUACGGUUCUCUAGUAGUAUCAAGUUUGUUGUAAAUACUUUUGCUACUAUUUUGUUGCUUAAAAUAGGUAGGAGAUUUCAUAUAUGUUGCUUGUAUUAUUUGUUGUGUAAUGUCAUGGAUACAAAUAAAGUUAGUUGGUGCCCAAUAAAUUGUUGAAGUGUUUUUUCUUA